ACGGACGUCCCACCUCCUAACUGUGGAGUCCAGGGUGAAGAGGGUAUGGGGGAGCUGCCCAGAGCCUGGAGGAGGGUACUCGGUGCAGAAGAAUGCUGUAGCUGUGGUGGCGGGGAUCUCAGCAGAGGCUCCAGCUCAGAGCAGAGCAGAGCAGAGCAGUAGACAAUAACCGCGCUGGGAGCUGGACCUGGCAGGUUACAUGGGUCUUUGUGUGGACUAGCAGUUAAGACCUCUGUCGUCGUAGAUAUGCCCUUGAAAGCAAGCAAGACUGCACAGUAAUGCUUCCUGACUGAUCAUGUUAUAACUAUCCUGGAAUCCAAAGGCGGCAUUUCUACUUGAAGAGUUGUCUUCAUCAUCAUGGAGACUCAAAAGGAUGAAGUUGUUCAGAUCAAGGGAGCAUCAGCCUCUAUGGUUACCGAAGACAGAGGAGCUGAAAAGGGAGCCAAGAAUAAAACAACUGAGACAACAGAAGGACCAACAUCAGAGCCACCCUUAUCAGGCCCAGGUAGGCUGAAGAAAACUGCCAUGAAACUCUUUGGUGGCAAGAAGGGAAUCUGUACUCUGCCUAGUUUCUUUGGGGGAGGACGAAGCAAAGGUUCUGGGAAAGGCAGCUCUAAGAAGAGUCUGAACAAGAGUAAGACUCACGAUGGUCUGAGUGAAGCAUCUCACGGCCCUGAAGAUGUUGUCAUUGAAGAAACAGGCCUCUCUUUGUCUAAGUCACCUUCUCAAUUUCCCAGUUCCCAGAGUGUUCAUGGAGCUUUGGAGAUAGGCCCUAGAUGUAAGACAUCUGUGGCUGAAGCCACAGAGAAAGGUGGAGUUGAGAAGGUACCCUCUGUGCACAAGCCGAAGAAAGGCCUAAAAGGCUUUUUCAGCAGUAUCCGUCGUCACCGGAAGAGCAAGGUUUCUGGGGCUGAUCAAGGUGGACUCGGGGCCAAGGAACUUGAGGGAGCUAGAACCAGGUCUCAGGAGAAUGUGAGUUCAAUCUCACUCCCCAGCUGUGAGGAGAUAUUCCCAACUGCUAGAAAAGAAAAUGCCAAAUCUCAGGAUGCCCCUGGGCCAAAAGUUUCUCCAUCACUAGAACAUUUUUCACCAACUACUGAGAAGACAGCUUGUAAAAAUCCAGAAAAACUCACAAGAACCUGUGUCUCAGAGUUAAUGCAGCCCAAGCCUGUUCCUGAAACUGGUAAUCAAGAGGAGACCCACACUUCAGAAACUGAAGAAAAAGUGCUGACAGGAGAGGUAAACCCACCCAAUGGUCCUGUUGGGGAUCAGCUAAGCCUCCUGUUUGGGGACGUCACAUCCCUGAAAAGCUUUGACUCACUGACAGGUUGUGGUGACAUUAUAGCAGAACAGGACAUGGACAGCAUGACAGAUAGCAUGGCCUCUGGUGGCCAGAGGGCCAACCGAGAUGGGACCAAGCGAAGUUCCUGCUUGGUGACCUACCAAGGAGGUGGGGAGGAGAUGGCCUUGCCAGAUGAUGAUGACAAUGAGGAAGAAGAGAAUGAGGAGGUAGAAUUAGGGGAUGAAGAAGAUGAGGCCAAGGAUGGGGAGGAAGAUGAUGACUUAGAGUAUUUGUGGGCAAGUGCCCAGAUAUACCCAAGAUCUAAUCUAAACGUGGGCUACCAUACUGCUACAUCUCCCAGCCACCAGGGCUACAUGCUCCUUGACCCAGUUCGGUCUUAUCCUAACCUAGGCCCUGGUGAACUUUUGACUCCUCAGAGCGACCAGCAAGAGUCUGCUCCCAAUAGUGAUGAAGGUUAUUAUGACUCUACCACACCAGGAUUUGAGGAUGAUUCACGCGAGGCUCUGGGCAUUGUCCAUAGGGAUUGUCUACCCAGAGACAGCUAUAGUGGUGAUGCUCUAUAUGAGUUCUAUGUGCCAGAUGACAGUCUUGAGAACUCCCCACCUGGAGAUGACUGCCUUUAUGACCUCCAUGGUCACAACUCCGAAACGUGUGGUCCGUUCUUGAAUUUUGAACCCUUUUCUUCUCGGCCACCUGGGGCAAUGGAAACAGAAGAAGAACGGCUGGUGACCAUCCAGAAGCAGUUACUAUACUGGGAACUUCGCCGAGAGCAGCUUGAGGUUCAAGAGGCAUGUGCCAGAGAGGCUAAUGCCAGGGAGACUUAUGCUCGAGACACUCACCCGCGGGAAUCUUACAACAGAGAUGUCAGAGUCCGAGAAGCCCAGGCCAGAGAGGUUCAUACUCAAGAGAGUCGAGUCUGUGAGAACCAGGUCCGUCAAGAGAAGCCCAUCUUGGAGUAUCAGAUGAGACCAUUAGGUCCAUCAGUGAUGGGCCUGGUGGUGGGGACAUCAGGAACUUCUCAGACUUCCCACCGGGGAACCACGUCAGCUUUCCCUGCUACUUCUAGCAGUGAACCAGACUGGCGAGAUUUCCGUCCUCUGGAGAAGCGUUUUGAGGGGACUUGCUCCAAAAAAGAUCAAAGUACUUGUUUGAUGCAGCUCUUCCAGAGUGAUGCCAUGUUUGAGCCAGACAUGCAAGAAGCAAAUUUUGGAGGCUCUCCCAGGAGGGCCUACCCUAGUUAUUCACCCCCUGAGGAGCCAGAGGAAGAAGAAGAUGAGAAGGAAGGGAAUGCCACUGUGAGUUUCUCACAGGCCCUAGUGGAGUUUACCAGCAAUGGAAACCUUUUCUCCAGUAUGUCCUGCAGCUCUGAUUCUGACUCAUCAUUCACUCAAAACCUCCCUGAGCUGCCCCCCAUGGUCACCUUUGACAUUGCUGAUGUGGAACGGGAUGGAGAAGGCAAGUGUGAAGAGAAUCCUGAGUUCCACAAUGACGAAGACCUUACAGCCUCAUUGGAAGCUUUUGAGCUGGGUUAUUACCAUAAGCAUGCCUUCAACAGCUAUCACAGUCGAUUCUACCAAGGCCUGCCCUGGGGUGUUAGCAGCCUCCCUAGGUACUUGGGGCUGCCUGGCAUACAUCCUCGACCUCCACCUGCUGCAAUGACACUCAAUAGGAGAAGCCGUUCACUUGACAAUGCAGAGACCCCAGAUCUGGAGCUCUCCAGUUCUCACUUAGCCCAGGGUUACAUGGAGUCUGAUGAGCUACAGGCCCACCAGGAAGAUUCAGAUGAAGAAGGUGAAGAAGAGGAAGGGGAAUGGGGUCAAGACAGUCCCUUGUCUCUCUAUACUGAACCUCCAGGGGCCUAUGACUGGCCUACCUGGGCUCGCUGUCCUCUUCCAUUGGAGCCAGAUCCUGCUUGGGUAACCCCUAGUCAGCUGGAUGAGCCUUUCAAUCAGUCUUCAUAUGGGCAGGCAACGUGUUGCAUACCUCCUGUGGCAAUGCCAGUUUCGGUGCCAGGGCUCCCAAGAGCACCUGGAGACUCUCUGUCUCACCUAGCUCGACCUUCACACUUACCCUUGCCCAUGGGUCCUUGCUAUAACCUUCAAUCACAGGCCUCCCAGAGUGGGAGAGCCAGGCCUCGAGAUGUACUGCUGCCUGUAGAUGAGCCCAGUUGCUCCUCCACUUCUGGAGCCAACUCUCUGUCUCGAGCCAAGUCUGUAGGCAUCACCCAUGGUAUUCCUCAGCUGCCCAGGGUACGGCCUGAAUCCCUUCAGCUUCAACCCAGUCACUACAGAGCUUCCAACCGUGACCUGUCAAAAGAGAGGGGUGAACAAGGUGCCUCUCUCUCUACCAUCUACUCCUCCACUGCCAUGAAUGGAAACGUAGCCAAGUAG